AUGACGGCGGGGGGCCUUGUGCAUUGGAAACGGCAAGAGUGGCGAAACUCCAAAAUUUGCAUUGAUAGAUUGAGAACGGAGCUACAAACUGAGCUCCAGGCUUGUGAAUAUGACGGUAAUAAGGUGAGGCGGCUUGAAGUGGAUCUUAAAAAGGAGUUACUAAAGGAGGAGUAUUGGAAGCUAAAGUCUCGGGUACAGUGGUUAUGCAAAGGGGAUAAGAACACCAAAUUUUUUCACUUGAAAGUUCUAGUCUGGAGACGAGUUAAUCGAUUACUCGGGCUUGAGGAUCCAAGUGGAGUUUGGCAUGCGGAAGCAUAUGAUAUUAGAAGGAUUGUGGAAUCCUAUUUUCAGGAUCUCUUCUCUUCUGAUAACCCAAUGGGUGUUGGUGCCGUUCUGGAGUGUGUUCGGGCAUCUGUUACUUCUCAGGACAAUAUGUCUCUGAGCCAGCCGGUUCUAGAGGAUGAGGUGUUGGCUGCCGUCAAGCAACUAGACCCUAUUAAAUCACCUGGGUCGGAUGGAUUCAUUGGCAGUUUCUACCAGAAAUUCUGGUCCACUAUUGGUGAUGACAUUCUAGGGUUGGUGCAGAGCUUUUUCCAUUAUGGACGGAUGUUCAGGAAGUUGAAUCACACUCACAUUGCUUUGAUCCCAAAAGUGCGGAAUCCUAUGAGAAUGACAUAA